UCAGGUCACUCAUUCAGUGUUGAUGGAACAAUGGCAUUUCUACUGUCAGGAGUCCCACCCUAUGUCGUUCAAGGUAUUGGAUAUUGGUCCUCCCACUGUUUCCUCCGCUACUGGCACUCUCGAACUUCUAACACGGUUGCAUGCAGAAUACUUCCCGUUGUUCAGGCUUGCUUUGCCUUAUUUUCCAGUUUAGUCGUGCCUUUGUCUUGCCCACGGCUUUGGGCGGGAGUCCCUGGUACUCCCCUCUACAUACACCUGAUUUGCUUUUCUCUCUCUUAUGAUCAAUCCGAUAAGACUAUUUGUAGCCUCCGCCCAACUUGGAGAAGACCCGUCUUCACAUUACCUAAGCUUCACUCUGUUUCCUUUACAGAAGUUCACUUACCAACAGCGAGCUUGAAACAAUGUAUGACGGGUGCAUACGGAAACAAGUAA